AUGAGUAAUUAUUUAGAAGCUAUAAUAAGACAGAUCAAUAAAACCAUCGUGGAUGCAGAACAAAAGUAUUAUCAGCCGUCCUUCUGGAGUUCAUUACGUGUUGAUUAUACUAGAGCUACUCGUUUAGUCAUCUCCUUUGACAACGCAAUCAGCGGAAUCGUGUUCCUAUCGUUUGCCACCAAUUUGUUCUUCAUUUGUUUACAGUUGUUCUAUAUUUUCUCCCAUGGAGUGCGAGGAAACACUAUUAUGGUUAGCUAUAAAGGCCAUGACGUGGCUGGAAUAUUCGGUGGUUACGAGCCGCUGGUUUACUUCAUAUUUUCUUUCGCGUUCGUGCUUUGUCGUUUCUUGGCGGUGUCCCUUAAAGCUGCUAACAUUCAUUCAGCAUCUUUAGCUAUUGGACCUUCUUUAUACAACUUACCAUCGACAGUUUACUGUAAUGAGAUACAAAGGUUCAUUGAACAAGUUCACGGUAGUACGGUGACUUUGAGUGGACUACAAUUCUUUCAUGUCACCAAGAGUUUGAUUCUGACUGUCGCUGGAACCAUUGUGACGUAUGAGUUAGUAUUGUUGCAGUUCAACGGUGAAUAG